AUGAAAAUAUCCAUCAGUUUUGCUACUCUUGUUCCCAUUCUUCUUCUUUGCUUGUCUUUUCCACCAACUAUUGCUCUUGCCUUCAACCACGGGAACUUCACCAGAGUUCUUUGCAGCUCAACCGAGAGAGAUGCUCUCUUGAAGUUGAAGCAUGAUCUCACCGAUCCUUCAAACCGACUUGCAUCUUGGGUUAGUGAUGAGGAUUGCUGCAGAUGGCAUGGAAUUGUCCGUCACGGUAGCACCGGCCAUGUCAUUGAGCUCAAUCUUAGAAGUCUCUCGUUCCAAGAAUAUCAUGAUACCUUCCAUGAUGUCGCUAAUCGUGACUACGAAGAUUAUACAAGGUUAUUCUUCCUUAGCGGUAAGAUCAAUCCUUCUUUGCUCAACUUGAAACAUUUGGUGCACUUGGACUUGAGCAACAAUGAUUUUGGAGGAACUCAUAUUCCCAAAUUCGUUGGUUCUCCGAGGAGUUUGAAAUACCUUAACCUAUCUCGUGCUUGGAUUUGGAGUGGUUUGAAUCUCGGCAGAGCCUUUGAUUGGUUGGAGGUGAUAAAUGAUGCACUCCCUUCUUUGGUACGAUUACAUUUGUCACGUCGUCAACUUCCUCCCGUUCCUCUACUUGUCAAUGUCAACUUUUCAUCUCUUUCCAUCAUUGAUCUCUCAUUCACUUACUAUUAUUCUUCAAUCCGUGUGCUAAAAUUUCCUAGUUGGAUCUCUCAUCUCAAAAAUCCGGUUUCUCCGAAUCUAGGAAACAAUUAUUUUGAAGGUCCAAUCCCUAAUAAUCUUCAAAACUUGACUUCACUUAGGGAACUUGAUCCGUCCGGGAAUCAAUUCAAUUCUUCGAUACCCAAUCGGUUGUAUGGUUUUAGUUGUCUUGAGCUUCUCAACCUUGGAUUCAAUAACUUACAAGGUGAAGUUUCAAGUGCCAUUGAAAACAUGACCUCUCUUAUCGACCUUGACUUGUCGGACAAUUAUGAACUCGAAUUCAAUCGAGGAAUCCCUACAUCAUUCAAAAACCUUUGCAAUUUGAAGGUCCUAUCUUUGUCAUCCCUUAAACUCGAAACAAGAUAUAGCCGAGAAAUUCCUUCGGGAACUCAAUUGCAAAGCUUUAGUCCAUAUGAGUUUAUGGGUAAUGAACUUUGCGGGCCUCCACUCUCCAAGAAUUGUAGUGGAGUUGGUACUACACAAGACCCGAAGAAUAGAAAGAAUGAAGAUGGCGACGUCAUAGAGUUUAAUUGGUUUUAUGUGAGCAUGGCAUUGGGGUUUAUUGUAGGAUUUUGGAGCACAGUUGGUCCUUUGUUGUUUAAUAGACGAUGCGGAUAUGUAUACUUUCAUUUCUUGGAUAGGUUAUGGGACAAAAUUUGGUUGUAUUUUCAUGUAAACCUUCCUAAUUGGAAGUUGUGGGCAUAUGUGUCUUAG